AACACCAUUGAAUCUUGUUUUCAUGUUUUAUAUUCUUUUGUUGUUGCAGAAAUGGCAGGGAGGUCUUUUAUGUGGGGUAGAGAGAGUAAAGAAAGGCUGCUUUCAACCAAAGGGAUUUCGGAAUUAAGGCUCGGCAAUCAAAAUGCUGCCGAGGAUCGAGUUAGAUGCCGGUGUUUUCGAUCAUGUCUCGAUCCCAUCGAUGAAUUCUGGAACAACGUUCAAGAUGUCUCGGCUAAACUAUAUAAGAUGGGGCGAUCAGAUCCCCGUAAGGUCGUUUUCGCCAUGAAAAUGGGGCUUUCGUUAACGUCUGCAUCGCUGCUUAUGCUUUUCAAAGAGCCUCUACAGGGUGCUAGUCAAUAUUCUAUCUGGGCCAUUCUCACCGUCGUCGUCGUUUUCGAAUUCAGCGUAGGUGCAACACUUAACAAAGGGUUCAAUCGAGCUAUCGGGACUUUCUCUGCCGGAGCCAUGGCUUUAGGCAUCGCAGAACUAUCGAUAAUGUCCGGAAAGUACGAAGAAGUUAUCAUUUUGAUAAGCAUUUUCAUAGCAGGAUUUGUUACAAGCUAUUGCAAAUUGUACCCUCCGAUGAAGCCAUACGAAUAUGGUUUCCGGGUAUUCUUGUUGACGUUUUGUAUCGUACUGAUAUCCGGAAACAAUUCGAGAACCUUCUACACCACUGCUCUUUACCGUCUGUUGCUCAUCUUCCUUGGCGCGGGCAUGUGUUUGGUGAUAAAUAUAUGCAUUUACCCCAUAUGGUCAGGAGAGGAUUUGCACGAAUUGGUGGUUAAAAAUUUCAAGAGUGUUGCUUCUUCCUUGGAAGGGUGUGUUGAUGGAUAUCUGCAAUGUGUUGAAUAUGAGAGGGUUCCUUCCAAGAUUCUUACAUACCAAGCAUCUGAUGAUCCAUUGUAUAGCUCCUAUAGAUCAGUUGUGCAAUCUUCAAACCAAGAGGAUAGUCUGCUAGAUUUUGCCUUAUGGGAGCCUCCACAUGGUCCUUAUAGGUCAUUCAGCUAUCCAUGGAGGAACUAUGUCAAAGUGAGUGGUGCAUUGAGACAUUGUGCAUUCAUGGUCAUGGCGAUGCAUGGAUGCAUACUUUCGGAAAUUCAGGCUCCGGCAGAUAAGCGAUAUGCGUUUGCUCUCGAGCUUCAUAGGGUCAGCAAUGCGGGCGCUAGACUGCUGCGCGAGCUCGGAGAGAAAGUCCAGAAAAUGGAAAAGUUAGGCCCUGGAGACAUACUGAAUGAAGUUCAUGAGGCGGCGGAGGAAUUGCAGAAGAAGAUAGACGAGAAAUCGUACCUUCUAGUCAAUUCGGAUAGCUGGGCGACCCCUCCAACACGACAGCACAAGGAGUUGAAAGUAUCCACGAGCACGGUCGAGGGUAAAGAUGAUGAACCACGUAAAGUGAUCAAAUCCAUGAGCGAUAUGUGGGAAGUUCAGCACUCGAUGGACUCUCGUGCCACCCCGGAUUUAAUGACGACCGGAAGUGAUCUCGACAAACCUUCAUGGCCUCGCCUCUCGUUCAACUCCGAUGCAAUGCUGCACCGCCAGGAAUCGAAAAUAUAUGAAAGUGCAAGCAGUCUAUCCUUGGCAACCUUCGCAUCGCUAUUGAUCGAGUUCGUUGCAAGGCUACAGAAUCUCGUGGAUGCAUUUCAAGAGCUUAGUGAGAAGGCAAACUUCAAGGAUAAAACAGUUCAAGAUGGGGGGACUGGAUUCUGGAACAGGUUAACAAGUUGCUGUCGGUAACAGAACUAAGUUCUAGAUUAGAAAAG